AUGGAGCAGACUCCCAACGAAAUCCUUGACCUUAUUUUUUUACUCUUCGUUUACCAACACCCACGACAUGACGGAACGUCCAGUUUCGACGGUCUCGCUGACUCUGAGAUUACAGAGGGUCAAACAUGGCCAGGGGUAUUCCAAUUCUCGAAAGGACCAUGGGUUAUCAGCAGAGUUUGCAGGAAAUGGAGGAUGAUUUCUGCAACGUUUCCUCAGUUAUGGAGCCACUUCAGCUUGAGGGCCGCCGACUUGAAUCCAAACGCUGAUGGCAUUACUGCCUUGACGACCUGGUUGUCCUUCUCUGGAACAUUCAAACUAUCCUUCUUUAUCGAACCGGAUAGGAUAUGCAACGACCCUCAGCGUUCAAGGCUAUUCGAGCUCCUCACGGAACAUGCAGAACGUUGGGACAAAAUCGAAUUUUACAACUCCACUCCCGAUUUUUGGUCGAUGCUUCAUAAUGCUAAUGUGAAGAGCCGAUUAGGUUCCCUCACAAGCAUCACUGUCCAUUCGGAGGAAGUCAACGUCGCAGACGAUGCAUUCUCUGGUGAUCCUACCUUUUACCAGGUUUUCCUGGAUGCUCCUCAGCUCCACAUACUCGUCAAUCGCAACCAUUUACCAUGCAGAGGACUGGAACUUCCAUGGGGACAGUUGACGGAAUAUGAAGGUUCGCACCGCGUCCGUGUCGAUGAACACCUCGAUCUCCUCCGUCUCACAACCAACAUUCAGAAGUGUCGAUUAGAGAUCGCAUACGUGGGUGACCCGAGUCCUGACGAUCAACUUCAACCAUCACAGACGAUACACCUCCCCAACCUCCAAACCCUCCAAAUUCGAACUACAUGGUUCAGCGAUAGCAUGCGAAAUCUACCCGAUUUCGUCCGUCUUCUGAGAUUACCUGCAUUAAAGACUCUUCGCAUCGUAACCGAACACUUAUCACACAUACCACCCGCUUUCGGUGCGUUUGCAGAUGUUUUGCGUUCUUCUUCCAGCGAGCUUCACAGUUUGGAGCUUUCGAGUAGGGCAGUCGCUGGGAUCGACAACCUACGGUCUGAGGAUAUCCUCGACCUCCUCAAAGCUGUACCUACUCUUCGCCAUCUUUGUAUUUCAUUCGGGAAUUCGGGAAGUUCUUGCGCAUUGCAGGAUACGAUUAUACCUCGCCUUGACCCGAAAGGGAAGAGUCGGGAUGAUGUUUUGGUACCCGUGUUGGAAAUGUUGGAAUUCAGACUUCCUUCUCCUUCUGCUAUUCCUAUGAUAGAUUUGAAGGCGUUGGCUAGAGCUAUCCAUUCUCGCUCGAGGGCGCCGGACUUUGAGUCUAUUCGGAAUCUACAUAUUACUGUGGAGCUGGGAGAUGGUCACGUAGAUCACGUAGAUAAUGAAGUAUUGUCGUCUUUUAUUCUGGGACCAAUCAUGGAGGUGCUGGACGGAGGAGAAGAGGUGGAAAUCGUUAUCAAAACUCGUGCAUCGUAA